AUGGCUUCUCAGACCAUGACUGUUCCCCCGCUGACGCAGGGACUCAUCAGCAUCAAGGGUUCCUACGGCGACUGGCGCGACGAGCUCUUUAGCCAGGGAUACUACGUCGUCAAAGGCGCCAUCCCUCGGGACCGCGCCAUCCAGUAUCAGCAGCGUGCCUUUGACUGGCUCAAGUCCUUUGGCACCCCACUCGACCUGAACGACCCCAGCACGUGGAAGGCUGAGAACCUUCCGGUGCAAAGCAAGCUCAACACGUUUGAUCACUAUGGCGUUGUGCACGAAAAGUUCAUGUGGGAUGCCCGUCUCGAACCUGGCGUGGUCGACACCUUUGCUCAGAUCUGGGGCACCGACGAGCUGCUCGUCUCGUUUGAUUCUCUCAAUGUUACGUUCCCGAACCGCAAGGACAAGCCACCGCGCGCUCCCUGGCCACAUGUCGACCAGUCACCCAUGAAGCGCGGUCUUCAUUGUGUACAGGGAAUCAUCAACUUGAGUCACGCCGGUCCUGAAGACGGCAGUUUUAUGCUGCUCCCAGGGUCUUCUGCCCUAUCCGAUGAAUUCUGGGACACUCAGACAGACUCUGCUUCUUGGGAGUCCAAGGACUGGCGCCGCUUCAGCGAGGACGAGAUGAAGUGGUGGGAGAGCAAGGGCCUCAAACCCGUCAAAGUUGCUGCUGAACCCGGAGACCUCAUUCUGUGGGAUAGCCGUACCGUUCACUGGGGUGGUGAGCCGACGCAAAAGAGCGAUACCAUUCGCACGGUUAUAUACGCGAGCUACUCGCCACGGAAAUUGGCUACAGAGCAGGCAUUAGCUGAGAAGCAGCGUGUGUUCAAGUUGAAUGGUGCAACUACGCACUGGGCGCAUGACAAUAUCUAUUUGCGUCCGUUGGUAGCACAUUUGCCGGAUGGCACAAUUGAUCCGAGGAACAGAGCGGAACCUCUAGAGAAGCCUGAAAUGACUGAAAAAUUGAUGAAACUGGCAGGCCUUGUGCCAUACUAG